AUGGAGGUCAUCCCCAUCCCAGCGACCGACCAACAAAAACCAAUCAACAACAUCCGCACCCGGACAUUCUUCAUAAUCGAUACUCGCCUAGAGGAGAGCACACUCCAAUCCAGUCUAGAUGACUUGAUCCGAAACCACUGGCGCAAACUCGGUGGUCGAUUAGCCAAAAACAGCAAGAAUGGCUUACUAGAAUAUCGCGUCCCCAAAGCAUUCGCGGAUGAUAAAGAGUAUAAACUGUUUGAAUGGUCAUGCACGCAAUUCGAGUCUGGGAUUGAUAAAUCUGCCCCAUUGGCAUUCUUUCAUGAUCCCCCCGCUGCAGAAAAGGGGGCGACCUUGCUGCAUUCUGUGCAGGAGGUUGAUGAGCUGGUUAGACCAGCUACAUGGCCGGAUGAAAUCAAGGAUGAUCCUGUUGCACCGUUACUAUUCGUCCAUCUAUCAUUAUUCACGGAUGCGAGCGUCGUCGCGCUGAGUGUCCCACAUACCGUCGCCGACCAAAUGGGCGUGGGUAAUAUCAUGCGCGCCUGGUUUGGACUGGCAUAUCACAACAAGACUCCCCCCGAAAUGACCGGAUACACCGGAGACAUCCUAGCCACAUCAGCGAAGAAAUAUACCGACUGGCCGAAACACGAAAUCUAUCGCAAAGGUCUUUCUCGCGUUCGCAACAAAUUCGAGUAUUUCUUCGUGGUAUUAGGAUUUGUGCCGGAACUGGUGUUGAAUAAGAAAGAAGACUCGCAUAUUGUUUUCUUUCCGAGACCGAUGUUGGAAAGGUUGAGGGAAAGAUAUACGACUGAAUUGAAGGAGGAGUACGGUGAUGAUCCGGGACUGAGUUUGGGGGAUGUUAUUAAUGCUAUUCUUACAAAGGUUUCUCACACCCCCCGAGUGAAUUGGGCAUUGCUAAUGGGUAGACAGUUCCAUCGAAUAGGCAAUAAGAAGUCGCGAACCAUUACACUUUCGCAAUUAGUCAACUUGAGAAAUAAACACACCUCCCUUCCCCCCUCAAAAUCAUCAACCUACAUCCACAACGGCAUCCACUACGUCUCCUCCCGCUUCCUCAUCACCCCAUCAACGUCCGCCAGGGAAAUAGCAUACAAAAACCGACAAGCCAUAACCACCCAAUCAUCCUCGCAAUCUUACGAAAUCGGUCUUGCCGUAAUGCGAGAACAGGUUCGUAGAGGUCAAGGGACACAUAUCUGUGAACCGUUUGAGUGGUCUUAUUUUGUGACGAAUUGGUGCUUGGCGUGGAAAGGGUUGGACCUUUUCCCUACUACUGCUACUGACACUGGAGAUAGUGAGAAGGAGGGAGAAGGAGCCGAGAAGAGGAUAAUGGUUUUGGGUCGGAGUAAGGAGAAGGAUAUGCCUGGUCGAUUCACUGGAAUCGUCAUGUGUCAGACUGAAGAAGGGUAUUGGUGCGAGUUUGCGGCGCCGGAGAAGAGGAUUAGAUUGAUUGAAGAGCAUUUGAGGAGGGAUCCUAUGUUGGAAGAUUUUUGA